AUGUAUUAUUCUUAUGAAAAAGUUAUUGAUGUUAAUACUACUGAUGAUUCAGUAACACGUGAAGCCAUUGAUGGUAUGACACAAAAUUUUGGACGUGUUCCAUAUCAACUACUAACUGAACCACAUCCACAACGGCAAUCACGUGAACAAGCAACAUUUCAAAUUGACAUGCAAGGACGUUCAUUAAAUAUAUUUCAAGAUUUACGUUAUAUGAAUUUGAUUCCAUUGUCUGUUGUAUUGUCUAAAAGAAAAUUUUCUAUUUGGAAUAAAAUAGGUUGGCUUUCAUAUGAUAAAUCAUCAAAUAAUCUUUUUACAUUUGAACGAGAUGCAACAUUACAAUUUGAAAAAAAUCGACUUACUAUUGCUGCAUCACUUUCAUCUUCAAUCAAUAUCACUUCACAUCUUUUUGCACUUUCUCAUGAUGGUAAAUUUAUUUUCAGUGGUGGUCAUUGGGAUUGGUCUCUAUGUAUUUAUUCUUUGGCUAAAUCAAAAACAAUUAGUUCAAUUAUUUAUCAUACUGAUAUAAUAACAUGUUUAGCAUUAGAUUCAACAGGAUAUAUUCUUGUUACUGGUUCACAAGAUAGAACUUGUGUUAUUUGGUAUUUAUCAUUAAAUGAUAAUCGACACAUUAUAAAUAUUAAUGAUCAAGAUCCAACAUUAAUUAUUACACCAGAAAUGGUACUCUAUGGGCAUACAGUUGAAAUAACAUGUGUUUGUGUUUCAUCUGAACUUGAUCAUGUUGUUUCGGCUUUAUUAUAUGGUACUUGUAGUAUUUAUACCAAUGAGCAUGGAAUUUAUGUACGUACAUUACGAUCAACUGAUGCUAGUAAUAGUCUGAUCGUUAAUUUAAAAUUAUCUAAUGAACGACUUAUUCUUGUACAAACAAAAAAUAAAGAUACAAACGUCAAAAAAUAUCAUAGUCUCAGAAGUCUUACACGAAAUUGUACUUUAAGAUUCUUGAAAGAUCUUAUCGUUAUAUAA